GCGGGGCGCCUGCAGGGGCAGCCGGCGGUCGCGGGAAAAGCGCCUAUCAAGACCGGGAUAAGCCGGCCCAGAUCCGCUUCAGCAAUAUCUCCGCCGCCAAAGCUGUUGCUGAUGCUAUUAGAACAAGCCUUGGACCGAAAGGAAUGGAUAAAAUGAUUCAAGAUGGAAAAGGUGAUGUGACUAUUACAAAUGAUGGUGCUACCAUUCUGAAACAAAUGCAGGUGUUACAUCCAGCAGCCAGAAUGCUCGUGGAGCUGUCUAAGGCUCAAGACAUAGAAGCAGGAGAUGGCACUACAUCAGUGGUCAUCAUUGCUGGUUCUCUCUUAGAUUCUUGUACCAAGCUUCUUCAGAAAGGGAUUCAUCCAACCAUCAUUUCGGAGUCAUUCCAGAAGGCUUUGGAAAAAGGUCUUGAAAUCUUAACUGACAUGUCUCGACCUGUGGAACUUAGUGACAGAGAGACUUUGUUAAAUAGCGCAGCCACUUCAUUGAACUCAAAGGUUGUGUCUCAAUAUUCAAGUCUGCUUUCUCCAAUGAGUGUAAAUGCAGUGAUGAAAGUGAUUGACCCAGCCACAGCCACUAGUGUAGAUCUUAGGGAUAUUAAAAUAGUUAAGAAACUUGGUGGAACCAUUGAUGACUGUGAGUUGGUGGAAGGACUGGUUCUCACUCAAAAGGUGGCAAAUUCUGGCAUCACCAGAGUUGAAAAGGCUAAGAUUGGGCUUAUUCAGUUUUGCUUAUCUGCUCCCAAGACAGAUAUGGAUAAUCAAAUAGUCGUUUCUGACUAUGUCCAGAUGGACCGAGUACUGCGAGAAGAAAGAUCCUACAUUCUAAAUUUGGUGAAACAAAUAAAAAAAGCAGGAUGUAAUGUUCUUCUUAUACAGAAGUCUAUUUUAAGAGAUGCUCUCAGUGAUCUUGCAUUACAUUUCCUGAACAAAAUGAAGAUUAUGGUGGUUAAAGAUAUUGAAAGAGAAGACAUUGAAUUCAUUUGCAAGACUAUUGGAACCAAGCCAGUUGCUCACAUUGACCAGUUCACUGCUGACAUGCUGGGAUCAGCUGAGUUGGCAGAGGAGAUCAGUUUAAAUGGUUCUGGUAAACUGCUGAAGAUUACAGGCUGUACAAGCCCAGGAAAAACAGUUACAAUUGUUGUUCGUGGUUCUAACAAAUUGGUGAUUGAAGAAGCUGAGCGCUCCAUUCAUGAUGCUCUCUGUGUUAUUCGCUGUUUAGUGAAGAAGAGAGCUCUUAUUGCAGGAGGUGGUGCUCCAGAAAUAGAAUUGGCCCUACGGUUAACUGAAUAUUCACGAACAUUGAGUGGUAUGGAAUCCUACUGUGUUCGUGCUUUCGCAGAUGCAAUGGAAGUCAUUCCAUCUACUCUAGCUGAAAAUGCUGGCCUGAAUCCCAUUUCUACAGUAACAGAACUUAGAAACCGACAUGCACAAGGAGAAAAAACUACAGGCAUUAAUGUCCGAAAGGGUGGUAUUUCCAACAUCUUGGAGGAACUAGUUGUCCAGCCUUUGUUGGUUUCAGUCAGUGCAUUGACUCUAGCAACUGAAACUGUCCGGAGCAUUCUGAAAAUUGAUGAUGUGGUAAACACUCGGUAAUGUGGAUUACAUUGGCUGACAAGCCACUGAUAGUGCAGCUGGAGUAGAAGAUCACCUUGGUAUUCCUGGUUGUCUGGAAGAUUGUUUCCUCCAUGAAUUCCUGUGCCUCGUCUUCCAGUUGGCAUUUGUUUGAAAUUGUAUUGACACAAUUUAAAGAUAAUAUUAAAUAUUUGGUUUCGAAAGGCAGAAUUUUUGUUUGUUUUUUU